AAACGAUCACGGCCGUCUCCCGGCACGCUCAAGAUCAUGCCACGAAAAUAUGAGACGUGUAAUCCAAAGGACCUGGGCGCACUCGUAGCUAAUAUGCUCAUGGAGCUCAUUCGAAUCAACGAUCAAAUCCCUCUACGCGACGGCCGACUCACUCGAUUCCAUUCACGCGCCCCGCCCGGCAUAUCAGUCGCAGAUUAUUUACAGCGCCUCAUCCAACAUGCUACACUGUCGCCUCCGAUCUUGUUGAGCAUGGUUUUCUACAUUGAUCGACUGUGCUCCGACUAUCCGAACUUCACUAUCAACAGUCUAACGGUCCAUCGUUUCUUGAUCACAGCGGGAACAGUAGCGGCCAAAGGAUUGAGUGACAGUUUCUGGACCAACCCCACGUACGCUAGAAUCGGCGGUAUCCCGGUCUCCGAGCUGGCUACGCUCGAGCUGGAGUUCUUGGAGCGUGUUUCGUGGCGAAUCGUCCCCCGCCCGGAAAUGUUGGUCGAUUAUUACUGCAGUCUGGUUGACCGGACCGAGGGCUAUAUACUGGAGGAG